UUUCAGGCUCUGUGUGAACACAGCUUGACGGUUCCGUCCGAGCAGUGAGGAACUCCAGAUGGCUCCAGAGAAGACCGCCCGUGGUCCCAGAGCUGCCAGGCGGAGGCGGUGGUGGCAGCUGAGGCAGAGGUGGAGGAUGUUGGGCGUGUUUGAGAUCGAUCAGGAGCACGAGUUCUUCUCCCUCACCUCGAUGAUUAAGGAGGGCAUGCAGGCGUCCAUCCAAGUGACGCUGGAUGCUCCGCAGCAGGACACACUCUCGGCUGAGCAUUUCAAAGCAGAAGACACUCAAACACACGAGGGGUUCGUCAUGCAGACGUUCGCAGCUCCAGUGUUUGCCAAAGUGAGGCGUUCACUGGACAUCACGGAGGAAGAGUACAUGAACUCGCUGUGCUCGGGAGGAUGCUACCUCCAGUUCGUCAGCAACUCCAAGAGCAGGGCCGACUUCUUCGUCACGAACGACAAAAGGUUCUUCUUGAAGACGCAGAGUAAACGUGAAAUCCGGUUCCUCCUGUCCAACCUGCAGAAAUACAUGGAGCACCUGGACAAGUACCCUCACUCCCUGAUGGUCAGGUUCCUCGGUGUCCACAGGAUCGUUAUUCCCAAUGAGAUGAAGACCUAUUUCAUUGUGAUGCAGAGUGUGUUUUACCCUGACGAGCGCAUCAACAUCAGGUACGACAUCAAAGGAUGUGAGGUGGGCCGCUGGACCAACCCCGACACGGGCGGGAAGCAGAUCAUCAAAGUGCUGAAGGACAACAACUUUGAAGGGCAGAACAUCGUGCUGGGUCGACAGAAGUCCUGGUUCAUCAGCCAGGUGAAGGCAGAUGCCGCCUUCCUGAGAGAUCUCAAUGUUCUGGACUACAGCCUCCUGGUGGCCCAUCAGCCCCUGCACCGCGAUGAGCAGGAGGGAAAACGUUCCUUGGCCAACCUCGUCAUUCGCACCACAAAGUCUUUGGAUUUUGAAGAUAGUCCAACAGAGGAACCCUCCAGCGUUCCUUUACUGACAGAGAACCCUGAUACCACAGACGGAGGGGCAGAGGCUGAGGGGUUUGCCCUCCAGGAGCUGAAACAAAGCCAAUCGGACUCUGAGCUGCAGGAGUUCCACGAGCAUCACCGACGACUGCUGCCCAACUUCAAAAACGCCAUCCACGUGAUCGACGGCCCCGAGCGCCGCUACUUCGUGGGCAUCAUAGACAUCUUCACCGUGUACGGGUGGAAGAAAAGACUGGAGAACCUGUGGAAGCGCCUCCGCUUCCCGGGCAGGGCCUUCUCCACCGUCAGUCCAGACAAAUACUCCCACCGGUUCUGCCGGUGGAUUCAUGAGCGCAGCCAGUGAUGAAGACUUUAGCUCGACACACUUUCCAGCUUUGUAUUUGUUAAAAAAUUUGAAAACCAUGUAUCAUUUUCUUUACACUUCAUGUUUUGUUGAGCGAUCACAUAAAAUCUCUCUAAAAUAUUUAUGUGGUUGUAAUGUGGCCAAAAAGUUCCAGGUGUAUCAAUACUUUUACACGGUACUGCAUGUUUUAAAACCUGAGAUCUAACAAGAACACAGACCAGUCCUUCAUCUGAGGCCAUGAGAAGAUCACUGGUAACUCUCACCAGAGCGGUCUCUGUGCUGUGAUGAGCUCUGAAAACUGAAACGACUCAGGCAGUUUGAGUAUAAAUGGUCAACGGGUGAUUUGCAACAAGCUUUUUUUCCAGGAUUUUAAAAAUGAAGUGAAGGUUAGAUAUUGGUCAGUAGAAACACCAGGAAGAAAGGUGGGCUUUUUAAGGAGAGGUUUAAUAACGGCAAUCUUUAAAGGCCUGUGGUACAUAACCUGUUACUGAAGAUAGGUUGAUCUGGUCUAAUAUUGAUAUCUUUGAACAGUCUAGAUUUGUUUUUGUUUUUUGUUUUUUCCUAUCAAGGAGGAAUAGUAGGCAGAACUUGAGCAAUAAUAGCAUGAUUUUCUGCAAUUACUGGCAGUAGAAAUGUUUUAAUCAGUGACCAACACAAUGAAAAGCAUUGUUUAAAAAAAAAAAUCCGAAAAUAAGAAAAAGUUACAUUUCAGAUGCGAACGAGUCUUUCACUGAAGCAGAAAA